UUUCGUGCAAUUCUUGUGCGGUUGAUUUUGUGGUCGCAAGUCGAUGAAUUUGGCUGUGCAUUGGUCGGACUCAGCGUGUCCUUUUCAGUGUAGGGUAUGGCCAUCCGCCUCUCAUGCUAACACCUAACAAAAUCGUCGGCCGGCAGGCGGCUACGUGUGCUGGGCCACCACAAUAACGUAAUAAACUUCCAGGUACGCUAUUCGUACGCACUCGGCGCAUGCUAGUUUCGCCGCUCAUCCUUACCUCUAUUUAAUUGCGAAUCUUAUCAAUUAUUGGUACAUUAGUAACUUGCAACAGCAGUACUUCGUAGUUUUGGUGCUGCUUCUGCAAAGGUGCAAAGUUUAAUGGGGCAAAAUGUUGUUGAAGUCGGAGUUCCAAAGUUUCAAUUGCUUCCUGCUUGUGAGGAUGACCAUGAGGGAGUCAUAGUGGAUAUGAAGGAGCCUAUGGACCCCAAUGUUUUUCAGGCAAUGCUUAAAGCUUCUCUUUCCCAGUGGAAGCUAGAGGGAAAGAAGGGUGCUUGGAUCAAACUACCAAUUGGACUUGCUAAUCUUGUUGAAAUUGCAGUCAAGGAAGGAUUUUGGUAUCAUCAUGCAGAGCCUCAGUACUUGAUGCUUGCAUAUUGGAUUCCUGAUACUUUGAGCGCUAUCCCUGCAAAUGCUACACACCAAGUCCGAAUUGGUGCUAUUGUCAUGAAUGAUAAAAGAGAGUUGUUAGUUGUACGGGAAAAGAUUGGCAGAUAUUGGGGAACAGGUAUUUGGAAGAUCCCUACUGGUAUUCUUGAAGAGGGAGAGGAUAUAUUCACAGGUGCGACAAGAGAAGUAAAAGAAGAAACAGGAAUCAAUACGGAAUUUGUUGAUGUGAUAGCAUUCAGGCAGAAGCACAGGUACUUCUUCGGCAAGUCAGACUUGAUCUUUUUGUGCAUGCUGCAACCAUUAUCCUUUGACAUCCAUAAGCAAGACUCGGAAAUCGAGGAAGCCCAGUGGAUGCCUUUGGAGGAAUAUGCGGAUCAACCUGUUGUCGAAAAUCACUGUAUUUUCAAGCAUAUUAAGGAUAUAUGUUUAGCAAAGAUCGAGAGGGGAAAUGCCGGAUGGACUCCAUUGCCCAUAACUUCCUUAUUCAAUGAUCAGAUAAGCUACCUUUACAUGGAGGAGGAUCUGAAGCCAUAGAUUUUUAUUUUAUUAUUGAAGUAGUUGGCUCAAACAAGACAUGAAAAAUGAUUGCUAGGUUGUUUAGCCUUUGUUUGUCAAUCAUUCUAUCACAUUAUUUUUUCUACAGUACUCAUUUUCAACCA